AUGCCCCAUCUAUGCGCCGGACGUAUUUUUGUCGUGGCGACUUUUAUAAUUUCACAAGCAUGGUCUUUGGGGCUUGCCAGCAAAGUCGCAGAUGCUUCGGGUCACCAUGAGCUUACCAGGAGAAAAAAGGACAAUCCUGUAUCUGGUUCUCAAGCUUACGAACAGUUACAGAUAUCUGACGGAGUGGCAGGAGAUUCACUGAAGAAAUCCGUUCAGGUCUUUCUUGAACCCUUUUUCCUCAAAUUUGAUGCAGACUUUGAGAUCAUACCCCUAGACAAACUGAAGGCUGUCUCUAAGGAUGAUUUAGGAAAGUUGAAGACCUUGGCGAGAGCUGCAAGUGAUAACGAGAAACCAGGAUUUGUAAAGACAAUCGCUAGCACGAAGGAUAAAAAGCUUAAAGAUGCGCUUAACGUCGGAAUGAUUGCUAACAAAGUCUUUAAAUUAGUGGGUCAACAGGCGUACUUGGCUAUUGAAUUUGCUCAAGGAAACCCAGCUAGACGAAAAAAUCUUGAUGAUGAGAAGAAAAAAUUGAAGAAGAACAUUGAAUUUGACAAGAAAAACAAAGGGAAACAAAUGAUCUCAUACCUCCAUCCGAAUUGCUUUCCUUUCAAAUCCGCAAGCGAAUGUCAAGGAAAGAAAAAUUGA